AUGAAAUAAUAGUUAAGCUUAUUGAACCUGACGUGCAAUUAAUCUAAAACUAAGGCUAGUAUUAUUCACAAAGGCUAAGAUUUAAAAAAGAAGACCAGUAGUUUUGAUGUUUUAGGAAAAAGUCCAUACAAAAGCAAUUUCAAUCGAUAAAACUCAAGACAUCUUCUCAAAGAGUAUCAACCGAUAACAAGUAGAGUUAAUUAGAGGUAAAACAUUAAAUCACCUCCUGAAUCAACAAAGGCCAGCAAACCUAUCAGUCUGAGCAAUAACAGUACAAAUUUAUCAUCUAGCAUAGAUGAAUUAAAAUAAAUGGACUCCUAAAAACGAGCGAUUCAAAAGACCUAUUAAUACUAAUUGAAGGCCCUGUUAGGCAGUGAAUAAGAAAAACCUGCACUCCUAGAUUAAACCAAAAGAAUAAACACAUAAAUAAAUUCCAACACUUUACCUCAGUCUCCAAAACAAAACAUCAAAACAAGCCCAGAUGUUAAAUAUAGUAAAAUUGAAAACUCAAAAAGCAAAGCUUCCUUCUAAAAUACAAAUUUGAGUGUCUCUGAUAAAAUACUUUAAUUGGAGAAAAAUAAAUAGAAAAUAAUUUCUUUGUAACUCAAACUUGCAAAGAAUGUUAAACCAAGACCCCAGAAAUCAUCAUUCCCCGUAAUCUCCUUCGUGGAAAAAUCAGAAUCUCAUAAUUUCUAAUAGAAUUCAAAACCACAGUUACCCUAGUCAGCCUUGGUUGUCUUGUAGAGUUAUUCUGAUCAUUUGAAUGAUUUCGAAAAGAAAGAGAUCAUCGAUUAUGAAACCAUUUAUUAUUUGGCUCCAAAACAGAUGAGUUAGAGCCAAAAGGACACUUUGAACACUUAAUAUAACAAUGGAUUUGACACACAAGAUGGAGAUUACAUAUUCAUGAAAUAAGAUUAAAUAGCAUAUCGAUAUGAGAUGUUGGAGAAACUGGGACAUGGAAGUUUCGGGUAUGUGUUUAAGGUUAUGGAUCAUAAGCAUAAUCAGCAAGUCGCUUUGAAGAUUAUUAAGAACAAAGAAAAGUUCUAUAAGUAGGCUCUAAUCGAAAUAGAAAUCCUCAGGAUAGUGAACAAAGCAGAUGUCUCUUGUUGUUUGAUCAAGAUGUUGAAUUAUUUCGAAUUCCGUGGUCAUAUUUGCAUGGUCUUCGAGCUUUUGAGUUGUAAUCUCUAUGAAUUCAUUGCCAUAAAUGAUUUCAUUGGCUUCGAUCUCGAUUUAAUUAGAAGAUUUGCAAUAUAAAUCCUUCAAGGUCUUCUUUACUUAAAGGAAUGCAACAUCAUCCAUUGUGAUCUGAAGCCAGAAAACAUACUCCUUAAGGAUAUCAAUAGAUCUGGCAUACGGAUUAUAGACUUCGGAUCCAGUUGUUUCACCAACCAAAAGAUAUACUCCUACAUUCAAAGCAGAUUUUACAGAGCUCCAGAGAUAGUGCUGGGCUUAGAGUAUUCUACUUAAAUAGAUAUGUGGAGUUUCGGAUGCAUAAUUGCAGAACUCUUUACUGGCGAAUCUUUAUUUUAAUCCAAAUCAGAAAAGGAGUUGUUAUUCCUGUAAAUCAAAGUUAUAGGCAUGCCUCCAAAAGAUUUGAUUGAAUAAGGAUCUCGAAAAUCUAAAUUUUUUGAUGAAAAAUGUUAACUCAACUACAAAAUAAAGGAUGGAGAUUUAUUAUAGUAAAUUAAAACACUUAAUUAACACUUACAAAAAGCAGAUCCCCAAUAUUAGGAUUUUGUUACUAAAUGCCUAAGAUGGAAUCCAAAUUAGAGAAUGACACCUGAAGAAGCUUUGAUACAUCCAUGGAUAAUAAAUGGAUUACCUGGGACUGUCAGAAAAUAGCAUAUUUAAUAAAUGAAAAAUUUUAUGGUUAUUCCUGAGGACUUAGAUUUUAAAUAAGGUCAAGGUGAAUAGUAAAAUGAAUUUUAAUGA